AUGUCUGGUUGGCGAUCGAAAAUUUCGAAUAAAAAAUCCGAUAAUAAACAAAAUUCUCAAACGAAUAUAAAAUCUAUUCAAACAGAUUAUUCAACAAAUAUAUCUAUAUCAAAACCGAUAGAUACAAGAAAUUCUUUAAAUACAGCAAUAACAAUUGAAACUAGCCAUAAAAUUAUUCCAAAUGAUGAAACUUUACAAUUAUUAAAAAAUCAACAACAAACAUCAAUUACAAACGAUACAAAUAGCAUGAUAUCACAAACAUUACCAAAAUUUUUUCAUUUCGGUUCACCGUUAACAUCAUUAACAAAAAAAAACGAACAAGAAAUACCUAGUGUCCAUUCAUUCGAAACAUCGAUUGAACGAGAACAAAUACUUGAUCGAGAAUUUCAAUCACUUGAUAUUGAUGCAGAUGGUUAUGUAUCUAUAGCCGAUUUGCAAUCUGUAUUGAAAAAUUUUUCACAUAUAUGUAAUUCGAAUGAAAUCAUGUUACGUAUAUUUAAAGAACUUGAUAUUAAUGAUGAUAAAAGAAUAUCAAAACAAGAAUUUAAAUUAUAUAAAAAUAUUUUAUUAGAACGAGAAAAACGUUUUAAUCGAGCAUCAUUUGAAGAAAAAUUAAGCUCAAUAUUUGCUUUAUUUGAUCGUAAUCAAGAUAAUUAUAUAUCUCCUCAUGAAAUUCGUGAAACAAUGCAUAAUUUAGGUGAAAAUAUUGAUGAUAAUUUAAUUGAAGAAAUGAUGCAAACAGCUGAUAUAGAUCAUGAUGGUCGAAUAAGUCGAGAUGAAUUUGAAAAGCUUCUUAUUCAAUUACUUUCAAAAAAAUAA